AUGUCUUCCGAAAAUGAUCCACCUCAAAAACCAGCUGCAUCUUCGUUUGCAGACGUUUUCAAAACUUUAGCAUCAGGUCGCCGAAAAUCCAUCUCGCCGCUCUCUGCUCCCGAAAACACGGCCGACCCGGCAAGUCAUGGUAUUGAUGGACGCAGAGGUUCUCGGAUGACUUUUGGAUUCGAGACAAUGCAACGUGGAAGUGUCUCCACGAAUUCCUUGGAACCCGAUGCUGCUCCGGACUAUGAGACUGCUCUGCGCACUCUCAGAAACCCCGCUCUAGCUGUAGACGAGGUCGAAAUCCUUACUAAACAUGCGACCAGGUUCACCCCAGAACAAAUAAUAACCCUCUGGGAAGCUAGUGCGUACCUCCUGUGUCAGGAUGUGUCCGAGAAUGCCCGACUGCAAACAUCUUUAUUCUUGGAAGCAAUCGUGGAGCGACCGGAUCUCUCAACCGAUUUGAAGAUUCAACUAAGCAAGAGCAUACUGGCAUCAACGCCAGUCGAUGUAGUACCCGCACGGGUUAAUGCAUUGAUUGCAUUGACAGAUAAUGGCAGAAAAUUGGACAGCGCGCAAAUCAAUAUCCUACCAACACUUGCAGUCUGUCUAUUACCGUUGUUCAAAGUCGUUGCCCCGCUGCGCUCGAAAGCGAAGAAGAGCAGAUCUCCGCGUACCAAUGACGUUGAAGAAAUACACUUGGGUAAUCUCUUCGACUUUAUCCUCAAUAUUAUCACGCUUCAGAAUAUCCCUUUAGAGGAAAAAGAUACGGAACUUUUACUUGAAGAAGUCUUCAAGGUUUGCAAGAGGACAACAUCCCCAGGGGACCUCAAGAACUCUUUGUCCAUAGUUGAUGCCAUAAUUUCUUGCGCAGAAAUUCCGGGUGCUAGUUUUGUUCCGUUGUUGGAGGUUUUGUGCAGCAUUCGCGCUUCUGUCAAAUCUCUUUCAGGUCCCACUUCCCGGGUUAUACGCAAUAUAGUCAAAUCCCCCAAGAGGUUAGCCAUGUUUGAUCUGCUAUACUCUUUCUUGGAAGAAGUCCCGGAAGACCAUGGUCGAAAUCUCAACGUAACGCGGGGCGCUGUUGAAACCUUCACUGAUAUGACCCGAGUUUUCGAUAGAGACGGCCUACCAGAGUUGUCAUUUUCGAGAUUGGUCGACUCCCUCCAGGGAGUUGCGGAACGGGGUGGUGACAGAUUAUACGCAAAUAUCCUUGAACUAUGUGCGAGUCUAUUGGAUGGUGACCUUGCAUCCAUCAGCAUAGGAGAACAAGAUUGGACAACAUUCGCGAAUCUGCUAAUCAAUUGCUCUGGUAAUAUCAGUCAAGAAGUUGUUACCAGCCCAGAAUCUCCUGUUCUUUCUCCUUCAAGAAAUAAGCCUCAGGAAGAUCACCUCGCUGCUGAAAUUUCCCGCGUAACGUCGCUAAUAGAGAGCUUGUGGGAGCGAAUGCUCCCUGAGCAGAGGUGGGAAAUCGGGCGCUUCCUGAGAACAACGCACCAUUAUCUUUCUCCAUCCCAAGCGCGUCUUUUGAUAACUUAUCUUAGGACAGAAAGAUAUAUCUUUCCGGGAAAUGAUGACUGGGAACACCAUGCUAAGUGGCUUGUUGACUCGUUUCUCCAAAAACCGGGCAAGUCUUCGGACGUGCGCCUCUUUGCUAUAGAGGCACUCGAGGAGGCUAUUUUUGAAGAUGAAAAUCUAGCAAAGUUUGAACAAGCCGGUAUCGUUAGCCUUUUACUUCAAAAUUUUGCCGAUGAGACAGACACAAUCUACCUAGCAUCGCUUGUUUCAGUGAUGAUUGAGAUCGGGAGUCGAGCGAAUAAUGGUGUUUUUCAUACUAUCGUCGAUACUUUGAGCUCACCGAUGACUUCUGAUUCGCUUGAAGACGAGGAUCCAGCUAUUCUGAGCGGGCAACUAUCACAAUCACGCCGUAGCUCUGCAUCUGGGCUCGAGCCGUCUUUAUCAAAUGUUUGCAUGAUUGGUCUUGUGCGGCUUUUUCUUCGGUUCUUAAAUGUGUCGGCCCAGCGAGCGGCGCUACUAUUCGAAACUCUGAUAUUCAUCAUCAAGACGUCCAGGAAAAGACCAGCCGACGCUGUGCUCACUGUUCUUAAACUUUUGUUUCGGUUACGCUGUGAUUCUUCUGGAGCAGUAAUCGUUGUCACGGACGUGGAAAAUGAUUUUUUGGUGGCUGUGCUAAGUAGAACUCUUGAUAUUGGAGUCAAACAAACUACAAACACAGAAUUAGCCAAUAUUGAGCGGUCCUCAAUAACUAGUGACGAGGGCAUUACUGCAAAUACAGGGAGACUGUCUUUACGGGAGCAAUCCAUUUCUACUGGAGUACAAAAGCCAAUGCCCCGUAUGAGUAGUUCCCAUCUACGCGCAACAACAAAGUCGAUGCCUCCGAGUUGGAUGCAAACUUGCUCAAGUCUUCCCGAGGAACCAUCGCCCACCUCAAGUCCCUUUGUUUAUACUUACAAACCGGCUGCUGCGACCGAGCCUUCAAGUCAAUCAAUAGAAGUAUUGAAAGUCAAUAUUUACCUAGAAACGGUCAUAGAUUUGCUACAGAAACGCGAUACAUCAUGGGACGUUUACAGCUACAUACUUGCUCAUCUAGGACCCCAGCUCAGCAACCGAGACUUCUUCUCUAACGCCGUUCCGCAGAUCCAAAUGCUUCGCAAUAUUCUGUGCGGCCAAAUCAAGAGCGAAAUGUUCCGUGAACCGCCGGCUAUAGCUGGCAUCAAGAAAGCAGACGUAGCUAUGUGUAUUUUUGAUUGUUUGGCAAUGCUCGUUGGGUAUCACCAAUACUUUGCAAAGAGUGAGCAGGAUGAACUGGUCCGCGCGUUCAUGCUUGGAAUCGGAUCUUGGGACGGCACAUCACGAGGAUGUAUCCACGCUCUAUCAGUAUGCUGCCAUGAGAUACCACUUUCAGUGACGAAAUCAUUGAAUGCAAUUCUUGAUAAAAUGGCAAAAGUGAUAACGAUGGCCUAUGUGGCUGUGCAUAUAUUGGAGUUUCUGGCACUUCUUGCUCGACUUCCUGAUGUUUACGUCAACCUGCGAGAAGAAGAGAUUCGUACUGUCUUUGGCAUAUGUAUUCGCUUCAUUCAAACUAGCAGAGAACAUCGCCACAAGGCAAACGAUUUGUCUGCCAGUCGCACUGGUGCAAUUUCCACAAGACUAAGUGGUGGUUUGAGAGAGAUAGCUGCAACGCAGCCUGAUUCCUCUGAAUCAAUUUGGCACGAGGGAAUGUCUAGAUAUGUAUACACGCUGACGUAUCAUGUCCUCGUUUUUUGGUUUCUGUCUCUGAAGCUACAAGACCGCGCAAAACAUGUGAAUUGGAUAACAAACAGGCUUAUUUUCACUAAUGAGCAAGGCCAGGAAGUGGUUGAAGAACAAAGCGAAGUGUUUAUAGACUUGAUGCAACGUGUGACAUACUCGGACUUGGGAGAUACGGUUCCUUUUGAAACAUUUCCUCCAUCCCCGGAGGACGGGCCAGUCAUCUCUAAGUCAUGGAUCGUCGGGAUGAGUAUUGUCACUGUUGAGACUGCUGUUGUUUCUGGUCUGACACAAGUUACGAAGCGGAUGGCAUCUGGCACAACCUAUGUCGAAUACCGCCAACGUACAGCCCCGGUAUUACCUCAUCAGGUACCUCCAACGCCUGAUUCUUUGUCAAGAUCUGACUCAUCCAGCCGUACGGCCAUAUUACCUUCUCAUGUUCUUCUCCAGAUGAUGACCACUGCCUUCCCUACACCUCAGGUCUCACAGCCCAUACCAUUACCUGACGACGCCAUGACUCGUCGGACUAUAAGUCUAUUUGACAGGAACGACAUUGUCGAUGGACAUAAGGUGGGUGUUGUUUUCAUCGACAAGGACCAAACCUCAGAAGCGGAGAUUUUGGCGAAUGCGGUUGGCAGCCCAGAUUACGAGCACUUCUUGAAUGGUCUCGGAACCAAGGUCUCUAUUCGGGAAGCUCAAUUCAAUACCCAAGGUCUUCACAGUGAUAUCGAUGGGGAGUACACAUAUGCCUGGAGAGAUCGUGUGACGGAGAUGGUUUAUCACGUAGCCACCAUGAUGCCUACAAAUCUCGAAAGGGAUCCUAUGUGCGUGGCAAAGAAACGUCAUAUUGGUAACGAUUUCGUCAACAUCAUUUUUAAUCGUUCAAACAAACCGUUUAAUUUUGAGACGAUUCCAUCGCAGUUCAACUCCAUCAACAUUGUCAUAACUCCUGUGUGCCGAAUUGCAGAGUCCGAUUUCGAUCAAAACAUGGAUACUACUGACCGCGACUACGACAAGCUAUUCUAUAUCGUCAGAGUCAUGAGCAAACCUGGCUUGCCUGAGCUCUCGCCCGCCUCAACACCCAAAGUGAUCUCGGGCAAAAGCCUUGCUGCAUACGUACGAAUUCUGGCAAUGAACGCGUCAGUCUUCUCACUGGUGUGGAACCUGGAGGGUGGCGAACAUAUUUCUUCAUGGAGAAACCGACUUCGUGAAAUCAAGCGACUGCGCGGACGGAUGCUUGCACCUCCUGCCGCGCCCUCUGAUGCCACGGAGGGAGGCUUUUUGGGCCAACGCCGCAAUACAAGAGCGAAUGUCCACAUUGAAGAUGAUACACCAACACGAUCUUCGGGGCGUAUGGAUGUGGGAUCCGAAUGGAAUACAGGUUCGGACAACAACAUCUCUCAAGCGCUCGACUUUUCGCGUUGGACCAGAUAG